CGCUUCAGCAGGCUGAUCGUCUCUUUAGUGGGAGGAGGUUCGUGCCUAAGUUGGAGAAUUUACGCGAAUGUCGUCAGGCAAACUUGCAGAGCUGCGUUUGUAAAUGUCGUCAAAUGGACAUGUCUUCACAGAAACCCUUUUUCUUGACGGAAAGCGCUUACUCACAUUAAGAGGAGUAAAUGCCGUGUGAACCCUCCUGGACUGAAUUUAUGCUUAACCUGGGGUCAUGAGUGCUGCCAACAUCACCGCAGAAAUCCUGCACAGGCAGAUCAGGGACAAGAGAGCAUCAGGCUUCCAACGGUUUUACCAUGUGACCGAUCCCUUUAUCAAGAGACUUGGACUGGAGGCCGAGCUGCAGGGGCAUACUGGCUGUGUGAACUGUCUGGAAUGGAAUGAGCGAGGAGAUCUGCUGGCUUCAGGUUCAGAUGAUCAACAUGCUAUCAUCUGGGAUCCAUUCAGACACAAAAAGCUCACAACUAUGCAUACUGGACAUGCAGCUAAUAUAUUCUCUGUAAAGUUCCUUCCACACUCUGGGGACCGGAUCUUGAUUACAGGUGCAGCCGACACAAAGGUCCAUGUCCACGACCUGACCAUGAAGGAAACGAUCCACAUGUUUUCUGAUCAUACCAACAGAGUUAAACGCAUCGCCACAGCUCCAAUGUGGCCGAACACCUUCUGGAGUGCUGCGGAAGAUGGCAUCAUCAGACAAUACGACCUGCGGGAGAACAGCAAACACUCUGAGGUUCUGAUUGACCUUACAGAGUUCUGUGGUCAGCUGGCUGAGGCCAAGUGUCUAGCUGUCAACCCUCAGGAUAAUAACUACAUGGCAGUGGGAGCUAACGGGCCUUUUGUCCGCCUCUACGACAUCAGAAUGAUUCACAACUACAGGAAGUCUGUGAGUCAGAGCACAUCAGCAGCUGUGCACACGUUCUGUGAAAGGCAGAGGCCAAUCCCAGAUGGUGCUGGACAGUACUAUGUAGCAGGGCACCUUCCGGUGAAACUCAGAGACUACAACAACCGACUGAGGGUUCUGGUGGCCACUUACGUUACCUUCAGCCCAGAUGGCACUGAGCUGCUCGUUAAUAUGGGUGGAGAGCAGGUAUACCUGUUUGAUUUAACGUUUAAGCAGAGGCCAUAUACCUUCCUCCUUCCAAAGAAAUGCCAGUCAAGUGCAGAAGAUGUGCAGAAUGGAAAAACAACAAACGGCGUCUCCAAUGGAAUUCUUCUGCCUGCCAGUCAUAUUCACGUAGCUGGAAGUAAAAUGCACGCUAGUUCUCUCGAGCUUCCCCCUCACUUGGAGGAAAUCAAGCAACAAGCUAACGAUGCAUUUGCUCGCCAGCAGUGGACUCAAGCCAUCCAGCUGUAUAGCUUAAGCAUUCAUCAGGCCAGCAGCAACGCCAUGCUAUAUGGGAACCGUGCUGCAGCCUAUAUGAAGCGCAAGUGGGAUGGAGACCAUUAUGAUGCCCUGAGGGACUGCAUGAAGGCUCUGACAUUAAACCCGGGACAUCUGAAAGCACAUUUCAGGCUCGCACGGUGUCUGUUCGAGCUGAAGUAUGUGACCGAGGCUCUGGAGUGUCUGGAUGAUUUCAAAGGGAAGUUUCCAGAACAAGCUCACAGCAGUGCCUGCGACGCCUUGGAUAAAGACAUCAAGGCUGCUCUUUUCAACAAAUCAGAAGCUGCAGAGGAUAAGAAAAGCAACAGCUCCGUCCGAUUCCACUCGUUCAGUCGGAAAGAGUCCAUUCCCGAGGAUGAGACUGUGUUGAGGGAGCGCAGUUUUGACUACAAGCACAGAUACUGCGGCCACUGCAACACCACCACGGACAUCAAGGAGGCCAACUUCUUCGGCAGCAAAGGUCAGUAUAUUGUCAGCGGCUCAGACGACGGCUCUUUCUUCAUCUGGGAAAAGGAGACGACUAAUCUGGUGCGGAUCCUGCAGGGCGACGAGUCGAUCGUAAACUGUCUGCAGCCCCAUCCCAGUUACUGCUUCCUGGCUACAAGUGGUAUUGACCCUGUGGUUCGAUUAUGGAGUCCCAGACCAGAGACGGACAGUGAGAAUGGACGUGUCGUGGAGGACAUGGAGGGAGCUGCUCAGGCAAAUCAGAGACGCAUGAAUGCCGACCCUCUAGAGGUGAUGCUGCUGAACAUGGGCUAUCGCAUCACUGGACUGCGUGGUGUGGGUCCAGAUGGUUCAGACGAUGAAGACAGCUCAGAGGGACAAGUACAGUGCAGGCCGAGCUAAACGGACAGCUGUCCUUUCUGCAGAGUGGAUUCAGGAAGCAAAUCAGUCCCCCUGCUCCCGUUGGAAACCCCACUUCACGCCUGCUCUGACAGAACGAGUGAACAUCGCAUCACUGCACUAUGCAUCGCCCUCUUGUGAGACCAUGUGAAGGGAGACGGACUCACGGAGAGUACAGAGGACACCCUUCUCACCUUUUCAGAGCACGAACACCUCGGCCUGUUCCUCCGAGCUGCGGUGGCAGGUGGACUACUUUAUAGAGCACCUUCCACGUCACUCCACAGGUUUUCACAAACAACCACUUGGGGCUUUUGUUGGAGGGUCAGGCGACAUAUUUUCAGGUCAGUAUGGCUGCAGAUGCUUCACGUAGGAGCAGCUCAUGAAGCAGAUACCAGGUGUUUUUUGCAUCUUCUGUUUGUUCGUAUCGAAGAAGCAAAAGCAGUCUCUCGUCAAAAAGCUGCAAGUCAACAGUUCCUGAGUUGGACUCGGUCGUGUUUUUAGUUGGAGUUUGUUGCAGGAAGCCGAGAGCAGAUCGUGUUAAAUUGUCGCUCCGUGAAAUGUAAUUAUAAGCUGUGUUUAAUUUAAAAAAAUGGGGGUUUCUGUUGCCAAAGGUCUCCAUCUGUUCUCUAAACAGCCAAGGAAUAACGUGUGGUUUCUGUUUUUGUCACACAAGUUUUAAUAUUUUUUAGUUAAGAGCUUAAACUACUAAACACGUUGUUUACAAGAGGCAACAAGAUA